CCAAUUGGUGAUGGGUAUAGUUGGUGACUUGGUGAAUCAAUUUGAAAUUUCUUAUGAGCGGGCCUGAAAAAAAUACAGUGGGGUUUGGAUCGGGCCAAACUUGAUCAAACAAAUCUUUAAUAAUUAUCGCCAAAACCUCCGGCCCAUAUCCAUCUCUAGCCCGGAUGAUGAGUCAGCUUCUGCCCUCCCACGUGGCAACCUCUCAGGCCCAUCAUCUCUUCUCUUUUACUCAACAAUCGUACAAAGGAUAGCAAACGACCUCUCCGGCCCUCUCUCCUCCUCGCCGAAAAUGGCGCGACCGACCACAUCUCAGCCUACCUCCUCCUCCAACUCCCGCCCCGGCACGGCGGCGCCGCGAGGAUCGGCAGCCGCCACGGCCGGAAUGCGCCGCCGGAGGAUCGGAGGAGCAUCCGCUGUCUGCUCCGGCGCCGGAUCUCCCGGGAACUCGAGCAACAUGCUCAGAUUCUACACCGACGACGCUCCCGGACUCAAGAUCAGCCCCACCGUCGUCCUCAUCAUGAGCAUCUGUUUCAUCGGCUUCGUCGCCGUCCUCCACGUCUUCGGCAAGUUCUACCGCUACGGAUCUGGCGGCGGCGCUUGAUUCCCACGCGCACUGGCGAUUCUCGGAUCAAUAAGGCCUCCGGUGUCACGGAUUCUGGUAAUUCGACCUGCUUGGGAAGGAAUAACGUCGAUCUGUAAAUUCUUGUUACGAUUCUCUCUCGUUUCUCUGAAUCUGAGUUUCAUUAGGGUUGAGUAUGACACAAAUUUUAAAAAGAAUAAAAUUGUGGAAUUGAAAAUGAGAGAAAAAUCUAAGCCACACAAAAUUUGCCAAAUUUGAAAAUAUGAGUCUUUCUUGAGACGUUAUACUUCUUGGGAGAAAGACUAAAAUAUAAUGACUUUCUCAAUAGCACGAUCAUAUGUUUUUAUUUUCCAAUGAGAGGGGGAGUUACGAGACUUACGCACGUCCGUUUCACCUCUGUUCGCCGUUCCUGUUCGUCAUCUGUCUGCCAGGGAGAGCCAGCAGCCGCAGCAACCGCCGCGAUACUCCGCCGCUGUCAUCACCGUCGACGCCAGUGAUUUCCGACCGACGUCCCCGCCUCGUCCCUCCGUCACGCGUAGUAGGCCGGCGAAACUAGGGAAGAGUUGCAGCGGCGAAUUCACUCCGAUUCAAGUUCAAUUCGUCGUUUUUCAAGGUAGGAACACAGAAUUUGAUGGGCAACCCGGAGGGCAGUGAAGUGGUGGUGUGGCGUGGAUGGCUCUUGUUUACUUUAGUAAUUAAACUACAUUAUUUUAUUUGAUUACAUGGAUUGUUGGAUGUUACUUUGGUUUUAUUAUGCUUCCGCGACUUUUGGACUUGUUUUAUUACUCCGAUAAAUUUUGGUUUUGUUU